GUCUUGAUAUUCUAACUAUACUUUGUACCGCAAAUACGGAAAGAGGUCCUCAAUUUAAUAAACCUGGGGAUGAACCUGACGAACCUAUGGAUGAUGAUAAUCUUAAACAAAAUUUAUUUGAUGUUAUUCUUGCUAGCAUUGAUUCGAGCGCGCAUACCACCUUGAUUGCAUUGUAUCACAUCUGUAAGGAUCCCGCUAUAAAAUUCAAAGUUUGCGAAGAAGUCGAUCAAAUUUUUGGCAAUGAUAGAUCCCGUCCUAUGACUUACAAUGAUUUAGAAAAUUUGAAUUACAUUGAAGCUUGCAUUAGUGAAUCUUUACGUCUAUUACCAACAGUUCCAGCUCUAUUUAAACAAGCUACUAAUGAUGAUUAUCUCGGUGAUUUUAAAUAUAAAGGUGGUCAAGAAUUUUUUAUCAAUUAUCAUUAUGUUCAUCAUGAUGAAACUUAUUGGCCUGAUCCAACUUCAUUUAAACCUGAACGGUUCCUUGAUAAAAAUUUCGAUAAAAGUACUUAUUUACCAUUUGGUGGUGGAAUUAGAGUAUGUCCUGGUCGUCAAAUGGGUUUAAAUACUGCUAAAACUUUAAUUGCUUUACUCUUAAGAAAUUAUACUAUUGAUUUGGUUGAUCCUAAUGCUCCAUUAAAGAAAAUUUAUGUUUGGGCAAAUGAAUGUGAGGAAUUAAAAGUUCAUCUUAUUCCAAAAAAUAACUAG